AGCUUCUUGGCCGAAGGCAGGUGCCGAUCUCCAGGAGCAGGCACGUCUCUCUCGGAGCCUGCUUGCUCGGUGUGCGUGCCAUGCGGGCAUAGGCUUCCCACCGCGAGCUCACCGGCCGUUGACUCGACCUGCCAUGGCGUCGAAGGGCGCGCCCAAGGACUCUUCGAUCGUCAUCGACAGCGGGGACGAGGCGGAGCCGCAGGCGCCGGUCGCCAAGGCGAGCAAGGCGGCGGAAGCGUCGAACUCCAAGAAGAGGAAGAAGAGCAGCAGCUCAAGCAGCAGCAGCACGAGCAGCAGCAAGAGGCGCAGGAGGAAAGCGAAGAAGAAGUCCCGACAGGCGGCGGACAUUGAGAGGCGAAAGGAGGCAAUGAUGAUGGCCACCCGAGGGAUGACCCCUAGAGGCAACUACGCCCUGGACUUCGUCACCGGCGGCUCCUCGAUGCCGCCGCCCGUGAACCCGCUUUUGGACCCGCCGGAGAGCGGGGAGAAUGCCAGCGGCAUCUGCCACGAGUGGAGGGCCGGCCGGUGCUUCCGCGAGAACUGCAAAUUCCUCCACAAGUGAGCUGGCACUGGUGCCUGCGGCCUUCCGGGUCUCCCCCGCCUUCUGUGUCUCAUCCUCUCUCGUCCUGAUCCUCCUCUGCCCUCGUCAUCCUCGGUCCCCCGCUCCGCGCGCGAAAGGCCAGCCGGCGCGCGCGCGCACUCGCACUCAAGCCCUACGGGAGCGCGGCGGGACGCGAUGCGACUACGCGCGGCAGGGCUGAUUCGUUAGAGAA